ACAAAAUGAUUGCCAACUGUGACCACCUUUAAUUAUCUCAACUGCUUUCGUUUUCCGCAAUCCCCUGCUUCAUUCCUCAUUCCUAUUACCCUUCUGUUUCCUUAUCUCCUCUCCACUUUUCAUUCCAGAAAAAGGAAAAACUAACAAGUGUUGGUUGAGUUUCUUAGAUUAAUCCACAAGUGGAAAGCAAACAUGGCAUUUGCAGGGACAACCCAGAAGUGCAUGGCCUGUGACAAGACCGUGUAUCUUGUUGACAAGUUGACGGCGGAUAACAGGAUUUACCACAAAGCCUGUUUCCGAUGCCACCACUGCAAAGGAACCCUCAAGCUCAGCAACUAUAAUUCCUUUGAGGGGGUACUCUACUGCAGGCCACACUUUGAUCAGCUCUUCAAAAGAACUGGCAGUCUUGACAAAAGCUUUGAAGGGACACCUAAAAUCGUAAAAGCAGAAAAACCCCUGGAUAGUGACAAACCUGCAGUGGCUAAAGUCACAAGUAUGUUUGGAGGAACUAGAGAUAAAUGCUUUGGCUGCAAGAAUACUGUCUAUCCAACUGAGAAGGUGACAGUAAAUGGGACUCCUUACCAUAAAAGCUGUUUCAAGUGCUGCCAUGGCGGGUGUACGAUCAGCCCAUCGAACUAUAUUGCACACGAGGGACGGCUCUACUGCAAACACCACCACAUCCAACUGAUUAAGGAAAAGGGUAACUUGAGCCAGCUUGAGGGUGACCAUGUCAAGGAUGCAGCUUCGGAGAAUGUCACGGUUGCCACAGAAGUUGCUGCUGAAAUUUGAUGCAUAGAAUAAAGACUAAUUCUAGUGUCUCAGGUCUCGUGUAUUUCUUUUCCUCUAUGUUGCUGUUGUUUCCUUUGCCUGAUGAUCAUUUCACUGCAGUCCUAAAACGCAUUUUGCUUGCCAGACAGAUGGAUUUCUAUAUAUAAAUAUAUAUAUAUAUAUAUAGACAUAUAUAUAGUUGAAGCAUGUGGAUUCAUUCGUUGUUUAUCGGUUUUGUUGUGGGAUUGUGGAUGCUCAAUUUCAUGGGAUGCCAAAACCUGUUCAGUUCUUAUGCCCCUCUUUUCACCCCUGCGGUUUUUGUAAUCUUGAGAGCUAUUUGGUUUGUUUGUGAACUUAUGGUUUCACUAUUAAUGAUGUUAAAUAAGUGUUGAGAGUCUAGCUUCUUUCU